CGCCUCGCGCUGUGUGGUGCGCCAGAACGUACUGUUUCUAAGCAACAGUGUGAGGGACAACACAGUAGCUAGUCAAAAAGAUCCCAAACCACCGAUCUGUAACAUUCCUUAGGACUCAUCUGGAUAUAUAUUGUGGGAAUAUGCCAAGAGAACGAGAUCCUUUCCCGUUCCCGCGAUAUGAGAACGAUUAUACACUCACAGGGAGUAAACAAAUUCAGAUAAUGGCCUAUGAUAAACCAACCCAUCUUGCCCAAAACGAUGACCCGUGGAGGAGGCUCUAUAGCGCGUCAACAAUGUCUAGCUCCCGUCGAAACAUCUUUCAUUGUGACACUACAGCAUCACAGGACAGUCUAGACAUUCAUCUCAAAUCGAUAUAUGAUCAUCAUCUAGGAUUAUUUCCAAAAAAGAACCUAACUGUUACACAAAAGGAAACAGUUUCUGAUGACCAUGGUAAUGGUGAUUAUUUACCAAACCAGACCUUCAAAAGGAAUUCAGAAGCUCCGGUGUGUGAGCCCUCAAACAAAGGAAUAAAAGUGUGGAUCGACGGUCAGAGAGUAUCCAUGCAUAGUAUUAAAGGGACGAUAGAGUCUCACCACGCGGCGUCUACAAACAGAGGUUACUCAAGGAAGCACGAUGGCGGAUUUUACUCCACGUAAAUAAAUCAAAUACACCGACGUACGAAGCCUCACCUGUGGAUAAUAAUCAUACACUUCAGAACAAAUAAAAAAAUAAAAAAUAAAAGAACAAAUAA